AAAUUGUGGUGAGGUACGUACUGGUGGUGGAUUACUCCGACGUAGGUUAUUAUUUAAGAGUCACUAGUGCACUAGUGACAGUGCGCCCAAGACUUCCAUUUUUGAUAACUUCAGAUAACAAGGCAAUGUCGAACAGCGUCUCAGAGGUCAUCACAUGCAAAGCUGCGGUGUGUUGGGGAAUUGAGGAACCAGCUGUGAAGGUGGAAGAGAUACAAGUAGAUCCCCCCAAAUCAUCUGAAGUCCGUGUCAAAAUCUUAUAUGCUAGUAUCUGUCACUCCGACUUGUUAUCCAUCAAAGGUUUCCCAAUUCCUCUUUUCCCUCGAGUUAUAGGACAUGAAGGUGUUGGUGUGGUAGAGAGCGUCGGGGAGGAAGUAAGAGAUAUAAAAGAGGGAGAUGUUGUGAUCCCAACCUACAUUGGGGAGUGCCAAGAGUGUGAGAAUUGUUUGUCAGGGAAGACCAACUUGUGCCUUAAAUACCCUUUGCCCACAAGCGGUCUGAUGCCUGAUGACACUUCAAGGAUGUCUGUCAAAGGGCAGAGGCUCUACCACGUUUGUUCUUGCUCCACGUGGUCGGAGUACAUGGUUGUCGACGCCAAUUACGUUGUCAAGAUUGAUCCAAGCGUAGCUCUGCCACAUGCUAGCUUCCUCUCUUGUGGGUUUUCUACUGGAUUUGGGGCGGCUUGGAAGGAAGCUAAGCUUGAAAAAGGAUCAACGGUCGCUGUUCUUGGUCUCGGUGCCGUUGGAUUAGGGGCUAUAGAGGGGGCUAGAAUACAAGGGGCGUCAAAGAUAAUUGGCAUUGACAAAAACGAAAGAAAAAGAAUAAAGGGAAAAGCUUUUGGAAUGACCGACUUUGUAAACCCUGAUGAAUAUGACAAGUCCAUUUCCGAGCUAAUCAAAGAGAUAACCAAUGGAAUGGGUGUGGAUUAUUGCUUUGAGUGCACUGGCGUUGCACCCUUGAUCAAUCAAGCUCUCAUGGCUACUAAAAUGGGAAAAGGACAAACAUUAGUAAUUGGCGUAGGAGUUCAUUCAACUGUGGAGAUUAAUCUCCUUUCCCUCUUGGUUGGUGGAAAUUUGAAGGGGUCCAUUUUCGGAGGGAUCAAACCCAAAACUGACCUCCCUGUUUUAAUCGACAAAUGCAAAAACAAGGAAAUACAACUAGAUGAACUUUUGAGUCACGAAGUUUCAUUGGAAGACAUAGAUAAAGCGUUUGAGCUAUUGAAGCAGCCUGAUUGUGUGAAGGUCCUCAUCAAGCUCUGAUUAAAAAAAAUCCCAGCAAUAAAUUAAUAAGAUAUACAUUAAUUGCAACAAUGGGCAAAUGCAUUGAUCGUUUCUUUCAAGUGUGUGUUUAACAAUUUCCCCGUAUACCUUCCCUUGUACAAGUAUUAUAAUAUUAGUAAGAUUUUCCUUUUAAA